AUGCAGAACGAAGAAAAGAUGUUAAAUACAGCAUUGGAAGCAAUGAUAAUGCGAGUGAAUGACUUAAAAAAUUCAAUAGCAGCAAUGUUGUUUAAAUUAGAACACGAGUAUGAAACGUUGAAUUGGCCAACUUUUCUUGAUAAUUUUGCAUUAAUUGCCGGUCAUCUAACAAGUUUGUCAAAGCUGUUGUCGCAUGAUAAAGCUCCAAACUUAAGAAACUUGACAGUACUCCCGUUAUUACUGAGCCCAGAAAAAGAUGACGAUUUGAUGAGAAUGACUGAAGGAAGAAUCACAACAUUUGCUCAUGAUUUGGUACCGAAUUAUUUAAGAACAAAACCAGAGCCCCAAGCUGAACAAAAAAUGAUUCAAUUGGAGCACAAAGCUGCCAAUUUAGCUUUUGACGCUUCUCAAAAACAAAUAGCGCAAUACACAAAAUGUAUCACUCAAGUUUAUGAUAUUGCUGAAAAAGCUCGAGAGGAAUGGGAAAGUGAAGCUACUUCACGGACAAAUCAAACCCAAACCAGUAAUAAUAAUGAUACUCAAGCAUUAGUUGCUGCUGUUGGAUUGGGAAAAGGACUUAAGUUGGACAAAUGGGAAAAGCUCCAAGUACAAUAAAAACAAACAUAAAAGCCGCCUCACAGCAACAAAUUCAUCCUUACGCUCGAUAA